AUGGUAAGCCAGAGGUUUCUUAUAUACAGAGUACGAAAAAAACCAGAAGCUAGCCGCAGCCUGAAGAAUCAAGAUGAUGCUGCUGGUUUUGACAAAGUGCAAGCCGAUGAGACGGACAAAAGAGGCGUUGAAACAAAUUUCAAUCACACCGCACAGUUAAUGCAAGGCAUUAAAUGGGGCAUCCAAAAAAAGACGGUGGAGAUCGAAAGAGAAAGCCAAAGCAGAAGACGAUCGAACGGCCGAGACGAAGCAAAAAGCUAG